AUGAGUACUAAGCCAAAGAGAUUCGUCUGCCCCAACGAUGCAUGCCAGAAAGGCUUCACUCGCGCGGACCAUCUUCGGCGACAUAUGUUGAAUCAUGGCGAUGGCGACUACACCUGCCCAAGAUGCCGUUUGCACUUCAAGAGAUCCGACCUGCUGGAUCGACACGUCGCGCGACAUCGACAGAAGGAUGAAGAGGCCGGUGGUGAAGGACUUGGCAUCGUCGAGAGUCGAAAACGGCUCUGGCGAGACGCCAACGGUAACAUCGUGAGGGAUCGGCCCUCGCACAGCUAUCUACGUCGGCAGUUGAUGAGAAUGCAGUCCCUCGACCUCGCCCAGCAAAGCGCGCAGAUCCCUAUGUUCAUGAGCUACCUGAACUCUCCAAAAUCCAUCGAUGCCGAGCGGCCCUCGCCGUCAAAGUCCAAGUCCGGGGCCGAGUCUGCGGUUUCUCAGAGUCAGGAGGCUGAAGGGUUUCCUCAAAACCAAGGCUUAAUCGAGACUGCCCUGGGAUUUGACAUGUUCGAAUUCAUGGCGAGGUCAUCUUGGGACUUUUCAACCGAUGAUAUGGAGAUGCAAGUCAAUGCGCCGUUGGAGGAAGCGCAAAAUGAAAAUCCUACGACGGCCCCUUAUAAUGGACCAUUCGCGCCGGCGACCAGUCUAGAGUGGUUCAUCGACCCAAAUGCCGACAUCAUGUCCGGCGCUGAACAAUCAGCAUUUGGGAAUCUCUCGGGGGCCGCAUCCCUCGGUCCGCCACCGGGCCAACAGAGUAUGCCCCAUCAGCCAACAAACCCAUCAUCAAGUGACUUGUUCAGCAUGCCGGCUGGUACAGGAAGCGAGCCAUCGUUGAUACAAUCGCUGGACCAAUCGCUGCAACAGAACUCGACAGACGCAAUGGUGACCCAGAGCGAGACUUCGGCAACCUUAGCAAAUGGUACAAGCACUUCAAGAGCCCCAGCUCCGUCAAAUCUUGAUCCAAACCUAGAUUCGUUCUGGGAAUCGGGGUCUUCGAUCUCUGCUUUGACAAGUCCAGGAUCUGCCAGAGAUAAGGGGCGGGAACGAUCAGAGCAGAUCCCACCAUCGGACAGAGACAGCUCAUACUCUGAGGCAAGCCCAGACAGUCUUCCUAAUCGACCGGGGAUAUGUACACCUCCGCUGGAUGACGGCUCACAUCAGAAAAUCCUGGGUUUGUUGCGCCGCGCCGAAGUGAAAUCGACUGAUGCGAGCGCGGAUGCUAGCAGACACCAGUCUGGGUGCCAGUCACUCCCGUCCCGCGCUACUAUGCAAACUUACCUCGAGCUUUUCUUUUCAUGCUUCAAUGCGUCCUAUCCUCUGCUGCACCUGGCCACUUUCGACCCAUCUCGGACGGAAACUCUGCUUCUUGCAGCCGUGGUUCUACUCGGUGCUACUUUCAGCGACAAUAGUAUUGAAGCCUUUGCCGACCGCAUGUACGACGCCUUGAGGGCCGAGGUGUUCCAUCGGGUGGCUUUUUCUGUGACGCCAGAGCUGUGGAUGAUUCAAACCGUAUUCUUGCUCGAAUGCUUCGGUAAGUCAAGGGCUCCAAGACAAAGGCAACAUGACACGGCAUUUAUGUUUCAUGGUCUCCUCGUCAAUCUAAUCCGGCGAAGUGAUUGCCUGACUGUGCAGCAACCACGGGCGGUUGACAAGCCGGAGCUUCUGGAGUCCAAUUGGCGCAGGGCCGUUGGCGUCGAGCUUCAGAAAAGAGUUGCUUUCCUUUGUCUAUUUUGGGACACUCAAAAUGCCGCCCUCUUUUCCCAGCCGUUGUCCCUUUCCACAUUCGGAAUCCGCAUCGCCUUGCCCUGCAGCCGCUCCGCAUGGGAGGCCACCUCUGCCGAGGAGUGGUGGAAAUACGCAAGCGACGAGUCUCUACUCCCGUUCCAAUCCGUCCUGACAGGGUAUCUGGAUCUUGAUUCGGAAUUGAAGAUCCCUGAUCUUGACGCCUUCCAGCUUCUUCUAGUCCUCAAUGGACUGAUAUCUAUUCAGUGCGAAAUGAAGCACGUCGACCAAAUGGCUUCUGGAUUGAUGCAUCAGACCGGAUAUUUGGACAGGUCAAAAUGGCGUGAACAGCUUAUUGCCGCGUACGAUGCAUGGAAAGUCGACUUCGACACGUACUGCUUGAAAAUGGUUUCGUUGGACGAAAGCCACUCGAGGCGAGCACACUUUGCCCGCUUCAGAACCGCCGCCAAUGCAGUCUACCACACGGCCCAUAUUACGCUGAACGUCGAUAUCGUCGAUCUCCAAAUCUAUGCGGGAGCCCGGCGCUCCGUUGGUCGCCGCGUUACUCGCUCUGAUUAUAUCAGAGCCCAGGGGAACGUCAAGGAGUGGGCGCAGACGGGUGGCUCGUCACCAGCCGUGAAAGCGGUGUGGCACGCGGCGCACCUGCUGCGCGACAGUGUCUUCAACCUGGAAAGCUUCGACGUGCAACACACCUUCUUUUAUCCGUUCCGCCUGUACAUCUCGACGCUGAUCUGCUGGGCGUUCCACUCGUUGACCGUCGGGGACGUCACAAAAACCACGCAGGCAUCUGGAGAGAGACCGGACAAGUCACCCGCGGCGACGGCCACCGCGAAUCAUCUCGACAGCUCCACGCGAUGGCAGGCAGAAACAGAAAUGAAGGUCCUCGUCAGCAGCAUGACCAGCGUGAUGCCCGAGCGUCUUGCACGCCUGCUGGGCAAGUAUUCGACAUCGGGACUCACCACCGUCAUGGCUGAGCGGCUGAGUCGCAUCCGGUGGAUCGUGAUCCAGGAGGGGACCAAACUGCUCAAGGACCUGGUGCCGGAACGCAUGGCUGACGAGUACGACGGGGUCGCUGAGGAAUAG